AAGUGUUGACCCUCCGCCCCUGACUUUAAAUUGGCCGCGAGCACGAACUGCGGUGCCCGCGGGCCUCGGCCCCGUGCGGCUCCCGGAGCGAGCGCGACGCUGCGGCGGCUCGGGCGUCGUUCCCCGCCUCGCGGCCGGCAGCGUGUCCCGGAGCUUCGGCCGCACCAGCUUACUUGUGAGCAUGAGUCUUCUCAUGAUUAGUGAGAAUGUAAAAUUGGCUCGUGAAUAUGCAUUGCUGGGCAACUAUGACUCUGCAAUGGUCUAUUAUCAGGGAGUUCUUGACCAAAUGAACAAGUAUCUGUACUCAGUCAAAGAUACAUACCUCCAGCAGAAAUGGCAACAGGUUUGGCAGGAGAUAAAUGUGGAAGCUAAGCAUGUUAAGGAUAUCAUGAAAACACUCGAGAGCUUUAAACUGGACAGCACUCCUUUAAAAGCUGCUCAGCACGAGCUUCCGGCUUCUGAAGGAGAAGUGUGGUCCUUGCCUGUACCUGUUGAACGAAGACCCUCACCAGGACCUCGGAAACGCCAGUCUACUCAGUACAAUGACCCUAAGCCACAAAGUAACCGCCCAGGCACAGUCAUCAGAGCGCAUCGUCCAUCUGCACAGAAUCUUCACAAUGACAGGGGGAAAGCUGUUCGUAGUCGUGAUAAGAAAGAACAGAAUAAAGGAAGAGAGGAAAAGAAUAAAUCACCUGCUGCAGUUACAGAACCAGAGGCAAAUAAAUUUGAUAGCACUGGAUAUGACAAGGACUUAGUGGAAGCUUUGGAAAGAGAUAUAAUUUCUCAAAAUCCCAAUGUUCGGUGGGAUGAUAUUGCUGAUUUAGUAGAAGCUAAAAAGUUGCUUAAGGAAGCAGUGGUGUUACCAAUGUGGAUGCCAGAAUUCUUUAAGGGCAUUAGGAGACCAUGGAAAGGAGUACUGAUGGUUGGCCCACCUGGCACUGGAAAGACCCUCCUUGCUAAAGCCGUUGCUACAGAAUGCAAGACAACAUUCUUCAAUGUCUCUUCAUCAACUCUGACUUCCAAAUACAGAGGAGAGUCCGAGAAGCUUGUUCGUCUUCUGUUUGAAAUGGCUCGAUUUUACUCUCCAGCUACCAUAUUUAUUGAUGAGAUAGAUUCCAUUUGUAGUCGGCGAGGAACUUCUGAAGAGCAUGAGGCAAGCCGAAGGGUGAAAGCUGAGCUGCUGGUUCAAAUGGACGGUGUUGGAGGUGCUUCAGAAAAUGAUGACCCUUCCAAAAUGGUUAUGGUUUUGGCAGCUACUAAUUUUCCCUGGGAUAUAGAUGAAGCUUUAAGACGGCGUCUUGAGAAAAGAAUCUACAUUCCUUUACCAUCAGCAAAAGGCAGGGAAGAACUGCUAAGAAUAAGUCUUCGAGAGCUGGAAUUGGCUGAUGAUGUUAACCUUGCAAGCAUCGCAGAAAAUAUGGAAGGUUACUCGGGGGCGGACAUUACCAAUGUAUGCAGGGAUGCAUCCUUGAUGGCCAUGAGAAGGCGUAUUGAGGGUCUAACUCCAGAAGAAAUCCGAAACCUUUCAAGAGAAGAAAUGCAUAUGCCUACCACCAUGGAGGAUUUUGAAAUGGCUUUAAAGAAAGUUUCUAAGUCAGUAUCAGCUGCAGACAUUGAAAGAUACGAGAAAUGGAUAGUUGAGUUUGGAUCAUGCUAACUUCUCACAUGUAAAUUGUGAGAAAUCUGCCUUAAGUGAAAAAUAAUUAAAUGUAGUAUUUCAUUGCACUGAGUGCUAUAUUUUUUUAAACUUUCAUAAUGGUGUGAUUUUUAAAUUCUUUCUGGUUCUGAAUAAAGGCAAUGUUUUUCAGCUGCA